UUUAUAACAUAAGUGGUACCAUAAAAUCAGGGAUUAAUUGCUUGACAUGUGAUUUUCAUUACAUGACUAAACAAAAUAUGUUUGAUAAUUGAAAUCUUAAUAUAUCGUUUUGAUGAGAUGGCAAGCAAGGAUUUGCCGGCAUUUAUAAAUUACAUAACAAAUGUUACAGAGCAGCAACAGAUAUAUUAUGUUGGGCAUUCACAGGGUACCAUGAUAGCAUUUGCUGAGUUUUCACGCAACAAACAAUUAGCUAGCAAAAUCAAGAGAUUCUACGCUUUAGCACCAGUAGCUUUUGUAGGCUCAAUGACAAGUCCUUUAAAAUAUUUAGCUCCUUUUGUUCCAGAAAUUGAGUGGCUGCUUAAAGUAAUUGGAGUACGAGAUUUUCUGCCUCAAUCAUGGAUAAUAUCAUGGCUAGGUUCCCACAUGUGUAGCCAAAUAUUGAUUGAUGAUGUUUGUGCUAACAUUGUUUUCGUAAUUUGUGGUUUUGAUAUACCACAAAUGAACAAGUCGCGACUUGACGUUUACAUAACGCAUACUCCAGCAGGCACUUCAGUGCAAAAUAUUAUUCAUUUUGAACAGUUGUACAUGUCAAAGAAAUUUCAAAUGUAUGACUGGGGUAAAAAAGAGAAUUUGAAAAAGUACAAUCAAUCAACACCGCCUAUAUACAAUAUCUCUAACUUUCAUAUACCAACUGUGAUGUAUUCUGGUGGAAAUGAUUGGUUAGCAGAUUCUAAUGAUGUCAGCAAACUCUUAGACCUUUUACCUGAAGAAAUAAUAAUAUCUCAUAAAGUGAUUGAUUCUUGGAUGCACCUCGAUUUUAUAUGGGGAAUGGAUGCACCUGAAGAAGUUUAUAAUGAUUUGAUAGCUGAUGCCCUGAGGCAAGAGGCUUUAAAUAAACAUUAGAGAUUUGUAAUUAUAAAUAACAAUUAGAGAUUUGUAAAAUGGUUAGUAUUUUUAAAAUAGUUGGUAUUUGUAGCUUUUUAUUAAUGAUUUGUAAAAUAAUUGUUGUUAGUGGACUUUUUAUAUUUAUAUAGAAAUUAU